UAAAUGGAACGUACAAGGAGUGUCUGAAACAGCAUCUACAUCCUAGCUGUAUAAAAACAGGAACAGAAAACUCCAGAAUCAACACAGGUUCCUAAAUACAGGGAGAAAUGAACACUGCUGCAUUUCUGUUGGUUUCGCUGUGCUGCUGCUGGCUGUCUGCGGCUCAACAAGAGACCAAAAAGACUGAAAAUGAAGAUAAAGAAUGCCAGACAUCACAAGGCUCGUGCUACCCUGACAUGUGCAAGCUGCUGAAAGACUUCGGUGUCAUGGAGGAGAAACUGCGAACCACGGUGGAAAAACUGGAAGUCAUGGAAACCCAGCUCAAAGUUAGCGAGAAUCAACUUGAGGAACUGAAAAAUAACGAGAGGAGGAAGGUGUUCUUUUCGGCUGCCCUGGGCGGGAAUGGGCACACCGGGCCAAUCGACCAUGACACUACCCUGAUCUUCAAAAAUGUCAUCACUAACAUCGGCAGUGCCUACAAUCCAAGUACAGGGAUAUUUGCUGCCCCUAUUGCAGGGGUCUACUACUUCAGUUUCUUCUACCAUGCCGGAGGAAGUCAGACUAAAUACAUUUCCUUGUUCAAAAAUGGACAGCGCAUGGUCACUUCCUCUGAUCACCAGUCUAGUGGUGAUGGAGCUGACAACGGGGCUAAUGCAGUCACUCUACAGCUGGAGGUGGGAGACCAAGUGUUCAUACGCCUAAUGGCUAACACUCACGUGUGGGACUCUGUAAACCACACCACCUUCAAUGGGUUCCUGCUCAAACAAGUGUGACGAAAUACGUUGGUAGCGCCGUCCUCUGCUUUCUACUUUUGGUGAUGUUAUUAUUGUGAACAGCUAAUCUUUCUCACAUACUGUAACUCCUGUAUCCUAAUUCAUAAUGUAAUCUAUAUAUCCAUCAUAGUGUAUUCAAUAUAACCAUCUAAUCCAUCAUCAUGUAGUCUAUAUAUCCAUCAUAGUGUAUUCAAUAUAACCAUCUAAUCCAUCAUCAUGUAGUCUAUAUAUCCAUCAUAGUGUAUUCAAUACAACCAUCUAAUCCAUCAUCAUGUAGUCUAUAUAUCCAUCAUAGUGUAUUCAAUAUAACCAUCUAAUCCAUCAUCAUGUAGUCUAUAUAUCCAUCAUAGUGUAUUCAAUAUAACCAUCUAAUCCAUCAUCAUGUAGUCUAUAUAUCCAUCAUAGUGUAUUCAAUAUAACCAUCUAAUCCAUCAUCAUGUAGUCUAUAUAUCCAUCAUAGUGUAUUCAAUACAACCAUCUAAUCCAUCAUCAUGUAGUCUAUAUAUCCAUCAUAGUGUAUUCAAUAUAACCAUCUAAUCCAUCAUCAUGUAGUCUAUAUAUCCAUCAUAGUGUAUUCAAUAUAACCAUCUAAUCCAUCAUCAUGUAGUCUAUAUAUCCAUCAUAGUGUAUUCAAUAUAACCAUCUAAUCCAUCAUCAUGUAGUCUAUAUAUCCAUCAUAGUGUAUUCAAUAUAACCAUCUAAUCCAUCAUCAUGUAGUCUAUAUAUCCAUCAUAGUGUAUUCAAUAUAACCAUCUAAUCCAUCAUCAUGUAGUCUAUAUAUCCAUCAUAGUGUAUUCAAUAUAACCAUCUAUAUAUCCUUUUUUGAUGUAUUCAGGCUGACAUUGUUGGUAAAAUACAUUGGUAGUUUAGCGCUGGUCUCUAUUUUGUAGGUUGAGUGAUCAUCUAUUAUCUUCUUUUGUUUGUGAUGUGAUUACUGUGUGUUGAUGUUGCUACACUCUUGUUUAUCACCAUUGUUGAAAAGCAAUAAAGUCUUUUAAAAAAAGA